AUGAAUGACUCGCUUAAGAAGAGUAUUGAAGCCAAAGAAGUCGAGUCUUUGAGACAAUCGUUGAGAGAAAAGGAAAAGUCUUCAAAACAAUCGAGUCCUUCACUAAAGAACAAGAAAUCUAAAGCGAGUGAUAAGUCGAGUGUUAAGACACUCACAGAUAAAACAAAUAAAGAAAUCACUGCUCAGAAACCAAAGACUAAAAGUCCCACAAAAGAAUACAUGAUAACUGAAUCCAUAAGAAGUGUCUCUUCUAUAAAAGAAUGCGAAUGGAUGUUUAAGAUCAAAGAGGAAGGGUUAGUAAUGGACACCUAUAUUGUCAAACGGAUUGAUCCCAAUAUAAUCAAUCAAUUUGGUGGACAUAACUUCGACUGUAAUGUCAAAUAUCAGAAUGGAAGCAAUGGUCGUAUUGUCACCAAAUGUACGAAUGGUUUCGAAGACAAUGGCACACAAUUUGAUGCCAAAGAUGUCAUAUUCAGGGCAUCCAAUGAUAAAACCAACGAUUGGUUUAUUAUUUACAACAAAAAUAAUCCCAAUAUAUGGUGUUAUUCAUUCACUUCCAGUACAAGACUCGAGACAAAUGCCACCAAAUGUGAAGAAAAGAUGGGAAUUAAGACACCAUUUCUUAAUUCAAUGGAUCCGUUGCUUAAGGAGAGUAUUGAAGGUAUCUUUGAAUAUGAAGAGGAAGACACAAUCGUCGGACACAGAAUAUUCUUCAAUAUAAACGCCGUUCCCAAAGACAUGUUUCCCAACGCCUCCCACAGUGACGCCCAAAGAGUCGUCUUACUGGCCAUGGAUUAUUACUGGAAUAUGUAUUUUUGUUUCGACGAUUAUAGUUGGUUGUUUCGUGCACUGCUUAUGGAAAACUGCAUUGACUGCAUCGUGGAAGAGUAUGUGGAGUGGAAGUGUCCGUAUUGUCCCCACGAGGGGACCAUCGACUGGAAGCGACCCAUUGGCGACGAACGUUAUGCUCCGCCACCGGCCCCGGCGCCAGCAUCGCCUCACACCACCGAAACCAAUGACUACGGAACCGAAAGCGGCUCCAAGUUUAGCACCGGUACAGACGCGGCCCAGAAGACGCGAAAGUGCUUAAGAAAGUCGUUAAUGUCUUUGAAUGCUAUUCAAUGCCAAAAGUAUUGCGAUUUACUCCAAACCAAUGGUAAAUACGAUGGCAUUCAAGUGUUUUUCUCGGAUAUCUUGAAUGGGAAUGUUAUGUACAAGAAUGGCAAACAAUGGAAGUUUGGUAUCGAAAAUAGAAAUAUAACAAUGGAAAAGGAACUUACACUUGGAAACGAUCACUACAACACAGCCAUAAUCAAUAGAUUUGGUGUCGAUGGUUACGACUGUGAUGUCAAAUAUCAGCCCGGAAGCAAUGCCACAAUUAUGACCAACUGUUCCGAUGGCAGUGAAGACAAAACCUCUCAAUACGAUCCCAAAGCUAAAGAAAAUGAGGUCUUAAGGAAGACAUUAACAGAAAAGCAGUCCUCAAAACAGUCUAAAGCCUUACUAAAGACUCCGCAGUCGAGACUGACUGAUAAGUCAAGUGUUAAGACAUCAGUGGUUGAACCCAAGAGAGGAACCGCUACUCAAAAACCAAACACUAAAAGUCCCACAAAAGAUAAUUGCAAAUAUAUUAAAACAAAUGACAAAUACGAUGGCAUUGAUGUCUAUUACUCGACGGUUCACAAGAAGUAUUUCAUGUAUAAUAAAGGCUAUGAAUGGAAAAUUAGUUUCGGGAAUAAAGACUUUGACACCAAAUUCGAGGGCAAUAAUUACGACCGAAAUAUAAUCAAAAGAUUUAGUGGCAAUGGUUUGGACUGUUAUGUCAAAUAUCAGUCUGGAAACACCGGCGAUAUUGUGACCGAAUGUGUUGUUACCACUGAUGGCAAGACAUACAACAUCGACACCGACUCUCAAUACAAUCCCAAAGAUCUCAUAUUCCGGGCGACGAAUAAGAGAGACGACAAUUGGCUCAUCGUUUACAACAAAAAUGUUGCAAACAUUUCGUGUUAUUCUCCAAACGAAAGACCAAAGGAUAGACUCGUGAAGAAUGCGACCAAAUGUCUGGCGAAUGUGAAUCAAAACAAACUAUUUGUCGAUUCCAUGAAUCCAUUGCUUCGGAAGAAUAUCGAGGCUGUCGUCGACUUCGGAGUCGAAAACAAAAUCUUCCUUCACUUCAUAUUCUUCAAUAUAAACGGCAAACCCAUGUAUUGCUCACAAAGUCUCGGCGGCUCUGAAUGCAAUUCAAGUUUGAAAUACUUGUUACCGGAGUGUUUCCCACCGCCGCCCACAGAGACGCCCAAAGGGUCUAACACGGGAUUGAUUAUUACUCUAAUUGUUGUUAUUGUGGUGAUUGUCGUCGUUAUUGCGGUGUAUUUCAUAUGGCAAAGAGUGAAAACGGAUCGAAUGAUCGAAGCCAAGCGAAGAGCAGUGAAGGAACUCACCUGGAUAGAUCUCGCAAAACGUGAAAUAGGAAGUAGAAGACAUAAUCGCAGGGCAAACAUCGCUGAAAUUGAGAGACAUUUGGACGAAUUCGCUGAAGGUGCACAUCCACCGGACGAUUUAACGACCAUUAUUGGAGAUCGGACUGCGUUGAGGGAAUCGGUAGAAUUUCUCGAUUCUGCGCAUUUUCAUUGGCAUAAUGAAUUUAACCGACUCGCUAGAGUCCAUGGUUACAAAAAUGCAGAGGUUGCCCAACAGGCUGUCGACGACAGACAACCGGCCGACUGUUGGAAGAGACUGUGCGGUGGACGUGCCCGGUUCGUGCCCACAAUGGCCCCAAUGCUCCCGCUGAGCGGCAGUGGACGCGACCCACCGGCGACGAAGUUUAUGCUCCCCCACCGCCGGAACCGCCGCUACAGCCGCCGGCGCCCCAAGAAUAGGACUUUACCUAAGACUCAGUCGUUGAAAGGCAACAAAUAG